AUGGUUGCUCAAGCACAAGCUGUUUCCGUGUCUCUUAACGACCUCAAGGAUGGCAACAUCCCAUUCGAGACUCUUAAGCAAGCUUUUGGUCCAGACUCUCUUGGUAUCCUCGUUGUAAAGGAUGUCCCUCAAGAGUUCCCUGAACUUAGACAUCAGGCUCUUUCCUACGCCUCAUAUCUCGGCAACCUCCCCAAAGAGGAAUUAGAAAAACUUGAGAAUGCUCGAGCCAAGUACCUAACUGGCUGGUCUCUCGGCAAAGAGACUCUCAAGAACGGCCAGGUCGACACCUUCAAGGGCUCAUACUACGCCAACUGCGCAUUCUACAUUGACCCAUCUCUCGAAUGCGCCAAGCCAACCGAGGAGUUCUCUACUGAUAACUUCCCCGAGUAUCUGUCCCCUAAUGUCUGGCCGCCAGAGGGAGUCCUCCCAGGCUUUAAGCCCUCUGUGACAUCGCUGUGCCGUCUCAUCAUCGACGUAGCCGUUCUUGUCGCUCGUGCAUGUGAUCGCUUCGCUCAAGAGGAUAUCCCAGGAUACCCCGCUGGAUACCUUGAGCACGUCGUCAGCACAUCCAGCACCACCAAAGCGCGUCUUCUGCACUACUAUCCUCAAGAGUCAGAGCAAUCUGCGACCGGCGGCGAUGAGGAUGACUGGUGUGCUACACAUCUCGACCAUGGAUGUUUGACUGGUCUUACCUCAGCCAUGUUUAUCGACGAGCACAAGACCAGCCCUGCUGUACCAGACGUUACAAACCUGAACGGCGCUUCUCUACCACCCCUUGCGGAACUCCCCUCAUCCCCUGAUCCAUCAGCUGGCUUGUACAUCAAGUCCCGUACCGGCGAGACCGUCCAGGUCAAGAUCCCUCGCGACUGCAUCGCAUUCCAGACCGGCGAGGCCUUAGAGCGCAUUACUGCUGGUCGCUUCAAGGCUGUGCCUCACUUUGUUAGAGGUGUACGACCCAGUGUCAGCGAUGGAAAGGUUGCUCGCAACACGUUGGCGGUCUUUACUCAGCCUAACUUGGGCGAAGAGGUUGAUAUUGAGCAGCAUCUCACGUUUGGAGAGUUUGCUCGUGGUAUUGUUAACAAAAAUACUGUUUCGUAA